AUGAGUAAUAUAAUAACCCAAAGACAAGAAAAAAGUAAACAUUAUCUGCAAGGUAAUUUUGAGAAGGCUUUUGAAGAUCCUGUUAUCCAGAAAGAUCCAGAAGAGAAAGACAAUUUCAUCUUUAUCAAAGACGAGAUAAAGAUUGAAGAACCAGAAAUAAAUAAUUGUGAUAUGUGUGACGAAAAUGUGUGCCUUAAUUCAGAAACCAGAGGUAAAGAUUUUCUGCAUGAUGAUUUUGAAGAUCCAGAAGAAGAAGACAACUUAAUCUUUAUCAAAGACGAGAUAAAGAUUGAAGAACCAGAAAUAAAUAAUUGUGAUAUGUGUGACGAAAAUGGGUGCCUUAAUUCAGAAACCAGAAGUAAAGAAUUUUUGCAUGAUGAAUUUGAAGAAGCUUUUGAAGAUCCAGAAGAAGAAGACAAUUUAAUCCUUAUCAAAGACGAGAUAAAGAUUGAAGAACCAGAAAUAAGUAACUGCGAUAUAUGUGACGAAAAUGUGUGCCUUAAUUCAGAAACCAGAAGUAAAGAUUUUUUGCAUGGUGAAUUUGAAAAGGCUUUUGAAGAUCCCGUUAUCAAACAAGAUCCGGAAGAGGAAGACAAUUUAAUCUUUAUCAAAGACGAGAUAAAGAUUGAAGAACCAGAAAUAAGUAACUGCGAUAUAUGUGACGAGAAUGUGUGCCUUAAUUCAGAACCUUCUAAGAAAAUUAAGAAAAAUAAAAAUAAGAAAAAUAAAUCAAAGGUUAAGAAAGAAUACAAAUGUCCUUUCUGCAAUAAAGUAUUUAAUGAUCCUAGCAAUUUCAAUAGACAUAAGAAAAUUCACACAGGCUAUUCGUAUUCAUUUGAGUGUAAUAUCUGUCACAAAAAAUUUAAAACUCCGUAUGCUCAUAAAGUACAUUUAAGUCGUCAUACUGGUGAAGGUUUGUAUGAAUGUAAAAUUUGUGAUAGAAGAUUUUAUGUACAAUAUGAUCUUGAUCUUCAUGUACGAUCUCAUACCGGCGAACGCCCUUUUAAAUGCCAAAUCUGCGAAAAAAAUUAUAUUUCUCAAAGUACAUUGCGGAAACAUCUUUUAGUUCAUUCUGAUGAAAGAAAACACAAAUGUCCCAAAUGCCCUGCUACGUUUAAACGAGCUGAUGGCUUAAAAGAACAUUUUGAUAGACAACAUAAAAAACAAUAA